GCUCAUUUGUCCUUUAAUUCUCCUGUGCGAUAUGCGCUUGUGGAACUAAAAAAAAACCAUUGACUGAGAGUCAGACCAGGCAAGUGCUGCUCCCUACGUGUCCGUACAAGUGUGCUGAUAAGCAGGGGAGGCGAAGGGAGCCGAGUAGCGGGGGCGGCGCUGCAAAGCGGGAGGCUGCGUGGCAAAUUACAAAGCAAAUGUUACAAAAUAAUAAAUAAAUAAAAAUAGACCAAACUGGAUUUUUUUGCGGAUUUCGGAUAGAGUCCGGACGCAAAUGUGCAGCCUUAAGAGGAUCUAAGGGCAGCAACCCAAGUGACCAAUCAGGGGACAGACCGGUGAGGCUUUCACAACUGGGGGAGAAGAAGAUUGGAAAAACAUCAGUGACUCAGAGAAGAACAUCUGACCCCACACCCAUCAUGAUGUUGGUUUAAGCCCCAAAAUGGCUACUGAAAUGGCACCUUCGGUUUCCUGACAUGGGAGUGACAUUGCUCUAUUAGGUAGGACCUCGUUGGAGAAGACGAGCAACAAAAGCAUCAUUUGUGAAGAGAGGCACAUCGGAAGACACGUGCAACCUCCGUGGUAACAGCGGAGCCACAAGCGGUCUUCUGCUGCGAUUCAUCAAAGCUCAGAGUGAGCGAAGGAUUCUCUAAUGAACCUGAAAUGCCUAAUUUGAGAGCUAGUGAGGUGUUGCUUCAGGAAAGAGUCUCAGAUGGCAUGAUGUUGCGGCCGCUUCAUGUGGGACUAGGCCCCACUUGAAAAUAUUCCAGCCCAAAUACUUCGCCUUCCCACAAUGCCCUGCUUUCUUCGGGGGAAGAUAAAGCUUUUGGCUGCAUCUUUGGCAUUCAUGGUGCUUCUCACAUGGCUGUAUCUCAUUGUGUGGAACUUAGAGAGUGGGCGGUCCUUACUGCUAUCCCCCUGUCUUGUUGACCAAUCAGAGCUCGGGUACUUGGAGCGUGAUGUGCUCAUGUCACGGAUGCGGAAGGUGGAGGAGGAGAACCAGCAGCUACGGGCACAGCUCCGCCAGUCCCAGGGUAUGGCACACGUGCAGGAGGGGAACUAUGGGAACCAGCAGUGGGUGGUGUCUGCAGACACGGGGACUGAAGACGGCGAGAAUACGGCAGAAGAGCGGGUCAACGGGACUGACUGUGAGCGCCGGCCAAUGGUUGAGAAAUGUGAGGUAAUCCACGUCGCGUGCGUGUGCGCCGGUCACAAUGCCAGUCGAGACGUCGUCACCCUGGUCAAAUCCAUACUGUUCCACAGGAGGAAUCCCCUCCACUUUCACUUCAUCACGGACGCGGUCGCCCACCAGAUCCUCAGCUCCCUCUUUGCGUCCUGGAUGGUGCCGUCCGUGCUGGUCAGCUUCUAUGACGCAGAUGAUCUGAAGUCGGAGGUGGCCUGGAUCCCUAACAAGCACUACUCGGGGAUUUACGGAUUGAUGAAGCUCACCCUGACCAAAGCACUGCCCCCUGACCUCACCAAGGUCAUCGUCCUGGACACGGACAUCACUUUCGCCACCGACAUGGCCGAGCUGUGGGCCAUCUUCCGGAAGUUCACCGACAAGCAGGCCAUCGGACUGGUGGAGAAUCAGAGUGACUGGUAUCUGGGAAACCUCUGGAAGAACCAUAAGCCUUGGCCUGCCCUUGGACGCGGAUUCAACACGGGGGUCAUCCUGCUGCUUCUGGAGCGGCUCCGCGCGAUUGGCUGGGAGCAGAUGUGGCGCCUGACCGCGGAGAGGGAGCUUAUGAGCAUGCUCUCCACGUCGCUGGCCGACCAGGACAUUUUUAAUGCAGUCAUCAAGCAAAACCCCGUCCUGGUGCAUCAGCUGCCCUGCUUCUGGAACGUUCAGCUGUCCGACCACACGCGCUCAGAACAGUGCUACACCGAGGUGUCCGACCUCAAGGUGAUCCACUGGAACUCGCCCAAGAAGCUGCGCGUGAAGAACAAGCACGUGGAGUUCUUCCGGAACCUGUACCUGACCUUCCUGGAGUACGACGGCAACCUGCUGCGCAGGGAGCUCUUUGGCUGCCCCAGCCAGCCCAGCCCCGAGAGCGUCCGGUUACAGGCCGCGCUGGAAGAGCUGGACGAGGACGACCAGUGCUACGAUUUCCGGCGGGAGCGGAUCACGGUGCACAGAAUGCAUCUGUACUUCCUGCAGUACGACUACAGCCCCGCCGAGGAUGGCUCUGACGUCACCCUCGUCGCCCAGCUCUCCAUGGACAGGUUGCAGAUGCUGGAGGCCAUCUGUAAGCACUGGGAGGGCCCCAUCAGCCUGGCCCUCUACAUGUCCGACGCCGAGGCCCAGCAGUUCCUGCGCUACGCCCAGUCCUCGGAGCUGCUGAAGAACCGCAGGAACGUGGGUUACCACGUGGUCUACAAGGAGGGCCAGUUCUACCCCGUCAACCUGCUGCGCAACGUCGCCCUGAGGCACGCCAGCACCGCGUACGUCUUUCUGGCCGACGUCGACUUCCUGCCCAUGUACGGCCUCUACGAUUACCUCAGGAAGUCUGUCCUGCAGCUGGACAUGGGUCACACCAAGAAGGCGCUGGUGGUACCAGCCUUUGAGACCCUGAGGUACCGUCUCUCCUUCCCCAAAUCCAAAGCUGAGCUCCUCUCCAUGCUGGACAUGGGGACCCUCUACCCCUUCAGGUACCACGUAUGGACCAAGGGCCACGCACCGACCAACUACGCCAAGUGGCGGACGGCCACCACCCCCUACAAGGUGGAGUGGGAGCCCGAUUUCGAGCCCUACGUAGUGGUGCGGCGGGACUGUCCCGAAUACGACCAGAGGUUUGUAGGGUUUGGCUGGAACAAAGUCUCCCACGUCAUGGAGCUGGACGCCCAGGAGUAUGACUUGGUGGUCCUACCUAAUGCCUUCAUGAUCCACAUGCCUCACGCUCCCAGCUUUGACAUCUCCAAGUUCCGCUCCAGCUACAGGUCCUGUCUGAGCGUGCUCAAGGAGGAGUUCCACCAGGAUCUGUCCCGAAAGUACGGCGCCAAUGCUCUCAAGUAUCUCCCAGCUGAGAAGAAUAUCUAAACCAAAGCAUCCGUUCUUGGAACUGUGGGAUUACGAAGUAUCAAACCAGUUAAUUUUGUCUAGAGAUCUCACUUCAUUGUUAACACCGACUUCGUGGAUUCUAUCGUGGAGCGUCAAGAGUCAAAGGGGCAGAUCAAGGCAAGGUGUUUAGGUCUGUGCCACCGUGAGUGGCAUGACCAACUCCUGCAUUGGGGUAGCAGAAGACGUCCUCUUGCUUUCUCUAACCCACAUCUCCACUAAAGCAGAACUGCACAAUAUGGUGGACGGGCACCUUCACCCAUGCAGGACGUUUCCCUGGCCUGACAGAACGUUUUCAAUAACCAAAUCCAUCAUAUAUUUACUUUUACCUGACAUUUUUAUCCAAAAUGAAGAGCAAGCAGUCUUAGCCAGUUCCUUGAGUAACGCAUUCUCACUCCGACACCCAUGGGAUUUGAACCAACAACCUUCUCCCCACUAGCACAGUGGCUUACUUCUGAGCCACACACCUUCGAUGGGUUCUUUUUUUUCCUUCCAUCGUCUGGUUUUUUUUUUUUUGGAUUUUGCUUAACAUUUAUUAACAUUCAAUUAACAUUCAUUUGUAAACAUUUGACAUUUAUUUAUUUUUAAGCUUUAAAAAAAAUAAAUAAGCAAGACACACUGGAAGCCCAAGGGGAAUGGUGGCUUCUGGCAGAGGUGCAUACCUGGAUCUGUGUGUCUGUGUGUGUGUGUUGGGGGUGGGGGGGGUGCUGGUGAAGACCACCUUACACUCAAGCAGCUCCUCUAGGAUCUGUGUGGGUGUGUGACCAGGGUAGCGUUUGUCACUGGAGGACGGUUCUUACAGCAUCCUACCCUUUGCACGGCGUAUGUCACUGCAUUUCGGGAACUGCUGCAGAGCGGCCACAUAAAGGGCUAAGGCCACACGGGAUCUCAUCUUGCGGAACAGAAGACGAUUGGUCCAGCUGCCACCAAUUGGUUCUCCAAAACAUUGUGAAGACCUCUCAGAAAGCAUCCCUCUGUGUCGCAUGUGUGUCGGCGCGCCGCACGAGUCUGAAACUGGAUUUCACUUUAGCCUGUAGCUUUACUCUCCUCUACAUAUUACAGAGCGACAGCACAGCACGUCUCGCAUAAGGGCGGUUGGAUCUGUGGGUUUUCCCAUCCGACCUCAGCAGUGUUGAGUGUGGAUUGUAAUCUGUUGACUUGAUACAAAUGUAAAUGGAGUCAUUUGUCUUUUGAUAAUCAAAGCUUGCCAAGGUAUAAGGUGAUUACUCAUAAGCUCACUUUCUGGGACUUUCCAGAAGGUGCACUCGGAACGGUGGAGAAGCCAUUCUGCAUAUCCUGCCUUAUUUUCUGUGUCAUUAUAUUAUUUCAGAUAUUUUGCCAUAAGAUGGAAGUAGUUCUUUAGAAAAAAAAACAUUUGCUUUUCAUCACGCAAGUAAUUGCCAAGAAAAAAAAUGCGAACUGGUUUUUUGAAUGUUUCUCAUUACGUACAAGUCAUUCAAAGUUUGCGGAGGGAACCUUCAUUUGUUGUCAUAUUUUUUCCUUUAAUUAAUUUGCUGUUGCUAAUACUGAAUGGUUUUAAAAACAUGGUGCCUGAUUUCAUUUUGUUCUAUGGUUUUCUAUGUGUUUCGUUUGAAUAAUUGCACUAUUAAUUAUACUGUAAAAGUGAAUUGAGGACAUCGUUUCAUUUAUCCAGCCUGGGUACAUAAGCAGCUACCAGACAUACUCAAGAUAAUCUUAAGAAGUGUUAAUGGAGUUCAUUUCUAUCACGAGAACAUUACAGUACAUCCAAAACAACAAAAAAAAAUAGAAAACUGAGCAAUAUAUAGGUAUAUAUAUAUUUUUUUUAAUUUUCAAGGAUCUUAGAGCAUUUGUUUUUUACUUUUCCAGUCAUUAUGAUUCAUGUAACAGAAGAUACUUGUCAAGUGAGCAAGUACAUUAGCAUAAGCAGUGUGAAAUGUCACCGCACGGGGGGGUCUGUCGCUGGCUGCUGCUUCACGGCUGAAAAGUUUGGUCAAAUGAGUAUUACCCGUCAAUCACAGACUGGAUAAUUAUGGAACAACGGGCGUGUGUUUAUUGGCCAGAUGGAGGAACUACCUUUACUGAAUGGGGAAAAAAGAAGAACCUAAAAGUAGAAUAAAGGUAACAGUGCGAGGUAUAAAGACCCCCCCCUCCCCCUCCCGGAAAUGGUUUGCUUAUGUUGAGUGUGUGUGAAAUGCUAGUGCCUUGCUGUAUUGUAAAACUGGGCGUUAAUGAUUCUACAGUAUAUAUGUAUAUUAGUGAGGCCUGGGAAAUGACUAAUUUUUGGCUUAAAUUGUUGAUAUUUUUCUACACCGAGAAGAGCUGCUUUAAAUAAACGUAUCUCUUUGUUCAGA